UACCCACAGCGCCACCUGCGUCCCUUCCUUCAAAUAGGUCACAUUAAUAGGUCUUACCCUUGGUUGGUAGCUGAUGAGCAGAGAGAUGUUGAAGGGAUGCUGGCAGAAGGGGAACAAUCCGAAGUGUCACCGAAAGGAUCCAAAGAGCAAAGGGAUCUGAGGGUUCAAGAUGGAGGCAGCAGGCGAGAGGGGAGACGAAAGCAGAAGCCGGAGGGUGACUCUUGUAUGUCUCAGUGUGAUGAAAACCAAAUUCCCAGAGAGGAGAAAAAGCAUGAAUGUUUGGAGUGUGGAAAGAGCUUCAGUAACAGUAGCAGCCUUACCUCGCAUCAGCAAACUCAUACAGAGGAGAAACCUUAUAAAUGUUUGGAGUGUGGAAAGAGCUUCGGUCACAGUAGUGCCCUUACCGUGCAUCAACGAACUCAUACAGGGGAGAAACCGUAUACAUGUUCAGAGUGUGGAAAAAGCUUCAGUCACAGUAGUGUCCUUACCAUGCAUCAUAGAUCUCAUACAGGGGAGAGACCGUAUACAUGUUCAGAGUGUGGAAUGAGCUUCAGUCAGAGUGGCCACCUUAAGUCGCAUCAAAGAUCUCAUACAGGAGAAAAACCGUAUACAUGUUUAGAGUGUGGAAGGAGCUUCAGUAGGAGUAGCACCCUUAAGUCGCAUCAAAGAACUCAUACAGGGGAGAGACCGUAUACAUGUUUGGAGUGUGGAAAGAGCUUCAAUCAGAGUAGUUCCCUCACCUUGCAUCUACGAACUCAUACAGGGGAGAAACCGUAUACAUGUUCAGAGUGUGGAAAGAGCUUCAGUCACUGUGGUGCCCUUACCUCGCAUCAAAGAUCUCAUACAGGAGAAAAACCGUAUACAUGUUUAGAGUGUGGAAAAAGCUUCAGUGAACGUCGCACCCUUAAGUCGCAUCAAAGUUCCCAUACAGGGGAGAGACUGUAUACAUGUUCGGAGUGUGGAAUGAGCUUCAGUCAGAGUGGCCACCUUAAGUCGCAUCAAAGAUCUCAUGCAGGAGAAAAACCGUAUACAUGUUUAGAGUGUGGAAGGAGCUUCAGUCAGAGCAGUUCCCUCAGCUUGCAUCUACGAACUCAUACAGGGGAGAAACCGUAUACAUGUUCAGAGUGUGGAAAGAGCUUCAGUCACUGUGGUGCCCUUACCUCGCAUCAAAGAUCUCAUACAGGAGAAAAAUCGUAUACAUGUUCAGAGUGUGGAAAAAGCUUCAGAGAACGUGGCACCCUUAAGUUGCAUCAACGAACUCAUACAGGGGAGAAACCGUAUACAUGUUCAGAGUGUGGAAGGAGCUUCACUCAAAGUAGCACCCUUAAGUCGCAUCAAAGAACUCAUACAGGGGAGAAACAGCAUACGUGUUUGGAGUGUGGAAUGAGCUUUGCUCACAGCUAUGGGCUUACUAGACAUCAACAAACUCAUCGAGGCAGCAAACCUUAUAAAUGUUGGGAAUGUGGCAAGAGCUUCAGUCGCAACGACUACCUUUCUUCGCAUGAAAGAAUUCAUACAGGGGAGAAACGAUAUACAUGUUUGGAGUGUGGAAAGAGCUUCAGCCAGAGUGGUAGCCUUACCUUGCAUCAAAGAUUGCACACAGGAGAGAAACCGUUUAAAUGUUUGGAGUGUGGAAAGAUCUUCUGUCGCGGUAGCCAACUCACGUUGCAUCAACGAACUCAUACAGGAGAGAAACCGUAUACAUGUUCGGAGUGUGGAAAAAGCUUCAGUUGCAGUAGCUCCCUUACGUUGCAUCAACGAACUCAUACAAGAGAGAAACCUUAUACAUGUUCGGAGUGUGGAAGGAGCUUCAGGUGCAGUAGCUCCCUUAAGUCGCAUCAAAGAACUCAUACAGGAGAGAAACCGUAUACAUGUUCAGAGUGUGGAAGGAGCUUCAGUCACAGUAGCUCCCUUAAGUCGCAUGAAAGAACUCAUACAGGAGAGAAAUCGUAUACGUGUUCGGAGUGUGGAAAAAGCUUCAGUCGUAGUAAUAUCCUUACUAGCCACCAAAGAACCCAUACAGGGAGGAAAUCUUAGAAAUGUUUGGCCUAUAGAAACAACUUAUGUCACAGGGGCUCCCUUACUAAACUGAAAAGAACUCGUACAAGGGAAACAGAAAGGUUGGAGUGUGGGAAGAUAUUUAAUCAUAUUGAAUAAUGCCUAUAGAGAGUAAACCAAUGAUUGUGUUCAGAAUUAGAAUUUGCUUCCAUUAGAAUAUUUAUUCCUUUUAGUGGCUGUGUUGCAGAUUGUUCUCCUGAUCAGAGUUAGAUUUACAUAGCUAUGUUCUGUUUUCUUUCCCAUCCGUUAUUUCCCGUGUAUUCAUCACUUGUUUAUAGCGUUGUUUUAAUAUUUCUCCCAUCCCCAUGAUUUUUUAAUCUGGUGUGAAUUGAUCUGAUAUUUUUCAUAGACACAAAUGCAUUCGCUGGUAUUCUGUUGACGUAUGUAAAUGAUGUAUCUUUGCAAUGAGAGUAUAGCCCCUCAGAUCACAGCUCUAAUGAACAAAUGCUGUUGAAAAAUAUAUACUGUAUGAUAAGCCUCAA